AUGGCUUCACACGGCGACGCCAAGGGCGAGGGCGAGGGCGAGGGCGACAUCAGACUCAAGGCGCUGCCAGCCCUGAGCCCGGAGCUCUACCAGCGCGCAUGGGCCUCGAUCCCCCAUCCCACCCUGCCCCUCCUGGCCACCUGCCACUCCAAGGCCGUCACCAUCUACUCGCUCUCCUCGCUCUCCUCCCACAGCUCCCUGACCGGUGGCCAUGCCCGCUCCGUGCGCACCGCCGCCUGGAAGCCCGCCAUGGCCCCGCACAAGCUCUGCCUCGUCACUGCCAGCUUCGACUCCACCGCCGCUUUGUGGCGCUGGGACGGCGACAACCUUCCUCUGCCCCUGCCCUCCUCCGACUCGGCCCCUGACCGCCCCACCAGCCUCGAGGUCGACGUCACCGCCGCCGCCGCAAAAGCCCCGCGGCCCGCGUCCCGGGACCCCGCCGCCUCCGACAAGGACGAUGACGACGACUGGGAGUUCUCCCUCGUCCUCGAGGGCCACGACUCCGAGGUCAAGUCUGUCGCCUUCUCCCCCUCCGCCCAGUAUCUGGCCACAUGCAGCCGCGACAAGACCGUCUGGAUAUGGGAGGACGUCGGUGCCAACGAGGCCGAUGAUGAGUGGGAGACGGUCGCCGUCCUCAACGAGCACGAGGGCGACGUCAAGUGCGUCACCUGGUGCCCUGACGUGCCCGGACGCACCGCCAAGGGCAAAUACGGUGCCGAUGUCUUGGCAAGCAGCAGUUACGACAACACCGUGAGGGUGUGGCGCGAGGACGGGGACGGGGAGUGGGUGUGCGUGGCCGUCUUGGAGGGCCACGACGGAACCGUGUGGGGUGUGCAAUGGGAGGCCGACCCGGACAGGAAACAGUUCCCGCGGUUGAUGAGUUUCUCGGCGGACAAGACGAUCCGGAUAUGGACUCUAAAGGAGGACGACGAGGUGGAGGAUGGCGGCGACGGCAGAAACCCGAUGUUCCGGCCCGGCUUGGGCGGCAUCCCCAACACGAUGCGCCGCUCGUUGAGGGAGGACUGGGAAUGCACAGCCGUGCUCCCUGCUGUGCACAAGCGGGACGUGUACUCAGCGGCAUGGAGUGCCGCUUCAGGUCUCAUCGCCAGCACAGGAAGCGACGGGAUUAUCGCUAUCUACAAAGAGGAUGUUUCUGCCGUCAGCGGCGGCUCGGAGCCUUCGACCGACAGGACAACAGAGCCAUCGGGGCGGACCGGCAAUGGCGAGGCGACCACCGUCAAUGGCAGCUCCGAAUCCUCAAGGUGGCGCGUGGUGAACAAUAUCGAGAACGGCCACGGGCCCUACGAGAUAAAUCAUGUGACUUGGUGCCGUAGGUUUGACUCUGGGACCGAAGACCGUGGCGUGGAGGAAAUGCUUGUCACCACGGGUGACAACGGAGUGGUCAAGCCAUGGCAGGUGGUCGCCUCGUAG